GUGGCCAAACGAUGUCUGGUUUAGCUCAAUUAACCUUCAAACCAGUAACUGUAUGGAAGCCAAAAGAAUGCAUCUUAUAUUCAAGAAGGAGCUCUAUCUAGCAGUGUUGACAGUUAAUGUGAAUAGUAGCAUAAGCAUAUAUCUUAACAUUCUUUUCUAAGAUUCAAGCAAGAUGCAGAAGUUUGCACGAUAUUAAUGUCCCAGGAAGGCAUUAGACUCGAAUACUGUUUUUAAUUCACAUUUGCGAUAUAUUUGGAACAAAUUUAUAAAUAUUGUACAAUCAUUUGUCAGUUCAUGGUUAGUUCAAUGAGAAACUUAUGAAAAUGUUCCGCAGAUGAUGAAAAUUGACCUUAUAUGGAAUUUUAUGUGGAAUUUGAAAAAUGCAUUAUAAUUUCUGUUAAACAUAAUGGAAUUGGAAUCUCAUCAUUUCAAUUUUACUUGUAAUCGCAAAUUUUUAUCAUUUUCCACUAGAAUUUAGGUCACUUCCCAGUUAAACUGUGUGUGACUUACAUCAUUUAUUGAAUUCAGCAUCCAAGAUAGAAAUCUUUCCCUUGGAGGCUUUUGUUAGAUGUUAUCUCACUAUGCUUAUAGUUUUCUCUUUGGGUAUUUGUUACUCAUCUGAAUCUUCAUCUCAUUUUAGUCCAUGGGAAAUAUUUAGUAAGAUCUAUAACUGUUGGCUAAUGUUACAUGUAGUUUUAAUUCAGGUUCCUCUGUUCAGCAUACUAAAGAAAUUUGAUGGAGAAACAGUGACAGAAGUUGUUCGUCCUCGUGUAGCGAGGAUGAAAUAUCGUGUUACUAAAUUGCCACCUUACAUUAUUUUCCAUAUGGUGCGGUUUAAGAAGAAUAACUUUUUCAAGGAGAAGAAUCCAACAUUAGUCAACUUUCCGGUGAAAAAUCUGGAAUUGAAGGAUUACAUACCAUUGCCUACACCUAAAGAGGGUGAGAAGUUAAGGUCAAAGUACGAUCUGAUUGCAAAUAUAGUACACGAUGGUAAACCUGAGGAUGGGUAUUAUAGGGUUUUUGUGCAGCGAAAGUCAGAAGAGCUAUGGUACGAAAUGCAGGAUCUACAUGUUUCUGAGACUCUCCCUCAGAUGGUUGCACUCUCAGAGGCUUACAUGCAGAUAUAUGAGCAGCAGCAGUAGCAGAGAUGUUCUUAUUUCCUUAGAUCACUUAGCUACAUCCUCGGGUAACAGCAACAGCUUGCAAUCAAGGUAAGUAUUAAUUCUUUUGAAGUAGGCACGUUUUCCCAAGUGAAGGAAAGAAAUAUUGUAAUUUUGGGAAACCGUCUGAGACUUGUAGAAUUAAUUUAAAGCCAGGUAGGAGUGUCGCAAUUUUGGGAGCAGGAAAA